AUGAAUGACAUGGUCAAGCUCGAUGAGGACAUGGUCAAAUUGAUAAUCCCCAAAAACGUCCAUGGCUCGAAAGUGCUAAAGACAUGUGUGCGGUGUCGACAGCAUAAAACAAAAUGUGACGCUUUGAUGACGAAUCCUUUACCUUGCACUCGUUGUCGAAAGAAAAACGCUACAUGUAUGUUGGAUACAAUAUCCAAACACUCACAAAGAACCUCGAAUGAUGUCAUUGAAAGACUUACGAGCGAUGUCAUCGUUCUCAAUGAUUUGGUCGAUCGACUAAUUGAGCGCAAAAACACUAUGCUUCAAAUAUUGUCGGAACAAAGCGAGACACGCACAAAAUCUGUGGAUAGACAUGGCCAGACAUCGGAAAAUACGCCACCAAUAUCUCAAAUCCAACUGGUUUUAGCUCUGCCGAUACUGCUGCCUGAGUAUGAACUACCAGACCCCGUCUCUCCGAGCUUCUUUUGCACACUGGCCAAUAAGUCCACGUCGCAGUUUCUGCUAUCAUUAGAUGAGGUACAAAUGCUAUUGAAGAACUAUGAGACCAACUUCAAUCGGUAUCUCCCGAUUCUUCCCGAGCACUUUUUUAACACCAACUCUUUCACUUUCCACCAAGAGAAUGAGUUAUUGUUCUGGAGUAUAAUGCUAACAUCAUAUCUCAAUAACCCUAUACCAAACCUGGUGGGGAAAUAUCAGCAUCUAUCUCAGCAUAUCCAGCUGUUAGUUGUUGAGACAUGCUGGUUACUGACACCUAGACUGGUGUUCACUAUAGCAGCCUUGCUAGUACUCACAACUUGGCCACUUCCUAACAACAAGAUGAAAAUUUCUGACAAUCUAUCGGUCAAGUACAUCUCGGUUAUGCGGUCAUUGGCUCUUCAAUUUGGACUCCACAAGCUUGAGUUCAUUCUGGAAUUCAGUCACAAGACGAAUGUAACCAUACUGAAGGAGGAAAGUACGAACGACAUUAUUCGCGGGCGGAUUUACAAGUUCAUCAACAUCAACUCGAAUUACUGGCUUAUAUUUUUGGGUUUAAGUAACAACAACUACAAUGGAUUUACCCAGGACUAUAUUGUCAACAAAGCUUCAACAUUAGACUUGAAAAAACCGAAUAAGUCGAACCUGGACGUUGACUUGUAUAUCAACAAACUUUUGAAGAUAUCCAUGAUACAACUGAAGUUGAAUGCCAAUAUGAACGACUUGAUAUGCAAUAACGAAAAAGAAGUGAAUUUUCUCCACCCAUACCAAAUCAACGCCCUGAGAAUGAUCAACAUAAAAGCUUUUGAAGUGAUUCUUCUGGACUUGUACCGAGACAGUGAUCUCCCAGAUAGUUGGCAGAGAAUGCUUAAUGUUUCGCUUGAGUAUAGUCGACUUCAAGUUUUCAUAUAUCUGCUAGCUCCAUCAGAGCACAUUACCUUGAGCGAUUACAAGAAUUUCAUGAUAAAAGCCAUUCAAGCAUGCUUUGGUAUAUUAGAUGGAGUUUUUGAGCUGGAUCUUUCAUUUCAACAGCUCCCUAUACAUUAUCGUUUUCCAGUUGAGCUUGCGGUGGAGACUUUGUUGCGGGUUUACAAGUCACCACUUCUCGACUCCAUCAAUGACUACCAGACAAUCAAACAGAAAUUUCAAUCAGCCAUCAAGUAUAUUAUGGGGGAAACGAAAUGGCUGUUUAAUAACCAGCGUUUAUCGACAAUUUUACGCAAGUUCGAUAUGGUGGACAACAGAUUCAUUAUGGCUAAGUCAUUGUCGUUUUUUCUCAUUCAUAAAAUGAAGAACUACUUGACACUGAGUUUGACCUAUGAGAUGAUUUGGUUCAUUUAUGAGUAUGAAAAGAAGCAGGACUCAUGUUCGUACGAUUCCAUUGACUGGUCUUCGUACGGAAUUUUGAGAGAUUCAACAAUCUACAAUUUCAUGUCGCGUAAUGAAUCAAUAUUUAACUAA